AUGUCGUCGGUAAAGGUGGCAGUGAGGGUUCGCCCCUUCAACUCCCGGGAGAUUGCCCGGGAAUGCAAAUGCAUCAUUGAGAUGUCCGGAAACACAACAGUGAUCACAAACCCGAAGGCACCUCCUGGCAGCAAAGAUGGCGCGAAAAGCUUCAAUUUUGAUUUCUCAUACUGGUCUCAUAAUCCAAAUGAUCCAGAAUUUUCAUCCCAAGUCAUGGUGUACAAAGACAUCGGAGAAGAGAUGUUGCAACAUGCUUUCGACGGCUACAACAUAUGCAUAUUCGCGUACGGGCAGACGGGUGCGGGCAAGUCGUACACCAUGAUGGGGAGCGGCAAGGACGGGCAAGAGGGCAUCAUCCCGCAGAUCUGCAAGGAUCUCUUCAGGCGCAUACGACAGACCACCUCCGAUGAUCUUAAAUAUUCGGUGGAAGUGUCUUACAUGGAGAUAUACUGCGAGCGAGUUCGUGAUCUCCUGAACCCCAAGAACAAGGGGAACCUGAGGGUCCGUGAGCACCCAGCUCUCGGCCCCUACGUGGAGGACCUUAGCAAGCUCGCCGUGACGUCAUACCAGGACAUAUACGACCUCAUUGAUGAGGGCAACAAAGCCAGGACCGUGGCAGCUACCAACAUGAACGAGACCUCAUCCCGUUCGCACGCUGUCUUCACUAUCUUCUUCACGCAGCAGAGGCAUGACCAGACCACCAACCUCAUGUCUGAGAAGGUGUCAAAAAUCUCGCUGGUGGACUUGGCAGGGUCUGAGCGAGCGGACUCGACUGGAGCUAAGGGUACCCGUCUCAAGGAGGGCGCGAAUAUCAACAAAUCAUUGACUACACUUGGAAAAGUCAUCUCGGCACUCGCUGAAAUUGCGUCAAAGAGUAAGAAGUCGAAGAAAGCAGACUUCAUCCCGUACCGUGACUCGGUGCUGACGUGGCUACUGCGUGAGAACCUCGGUGGGAACUCCAAGACCGCCAUGAUAGCUGCCAUCUCACCAGCUGAUAUUAACUUUGAUGAAACUCUCAGCACAUUGAGAUACGCGGACCGUGCCAAGCAGAUUGUUUGCAAGGCGGUCGUCAACGAGGACGCCAACGCCAAACUUAUCCGAGAGCUCAAGGAGGAAAUACUCAAACUUCGGGAACUACUCAAGGCAGAGGGCAUUGAAGUCGAAGAAGGACCAGAUGGUAAAGUCCUUUAUGAAAAGAAACAAGAGCCCAUCAGAGAAGAGAAUAAUGCGUCCCCGCAACGUAAGAAGAGCGAGGCGGAGGUGCUGUCGCCGAAGUUGUCCCGAGCGGCCACGACUAUUGCCGAAGAGGCCGUCGACCAGCUGCAAGCUUCUGAGAAACUUAUUGCUGAACUAAACGAGACUUGGGAGGAAAAACUGAAGCGUACCGAACAAAUCCGGGUGCAACGUGAAGCCGUGUUUGCGGAGAUGGGACUGGCAGUGAAGGAGGGAGGCAUCACCGUCGGUAUCUACUCGCCUAAGAGGACACCGCAUCUCGUCAACCUGAACGAAGACCCCAACCUGUCUGAGUGUCUCAUCUAUUAUAUUAAAGAUGGUGUGACCCGCGUGGGUACAUCCGAAGCUAACGUCCCGCAAGACAUCCAGUUGUCCGGCUCCCACAUACUGAGCGAGCAUUGUAUCUUCGAGAACACUGACGGAGUCAUACUUCUCAUCCCACAUCGAGAUGCACUCAUCUAUGUUAAUGGACGCGAGCUAACGGAGCCAGUGAUCCUGAAGUCCGGAUCCCGCGUGAUCCUGGGCAAGAACCACGUGUUCCGGUUCACGCACCCUGGACAGCCGCGCGAGGACCCAGUCAACAAGGAGAACAAGGAACUCACUACCAGCUACACCGAGAGCGACUCUGGUAGUACAGACGCGGACGGUAAGAACGUGGACUGGGACUAUGCGCAGUGUGAGUUGUUGGAGAAGCAAGGCAUAGAUUUGAAGGCAGAGAUGCAGAAACGUCUGCUGGCACUUGAGGAACAGUUCCGUAGAGAGAAGGAGCACGCUGACCAGCAGUUUGAAGAACAACGCAAGAACUACGAGGCCCGUAUCGACGCUCUGCAGCGUCAGGUGGAGGAGCAGAGCGUCACCAUGUCCAUGUACAGCUCCUACACUCCUGAGGACUUCCAUAAUGAUGAAGAUAUAUUUGUGAACCCGUUAUUCGAGACGGAGUGCUGGUCGGCGCGCGAGGUCGGCCUGGCCGCCUGGGCAUUCCGCAAGUGGAAGUAUCAUCAGUUCACAUCCCUACGUGACGAUUUGUGGGGAAAUGCUAUCUUCCUCAAGGAAGCAAACGCGAUCUCAGUGGAGCUGCGCAAGAAAGUUCAGUUCCAGUUCACAUUGCUGACGGACACUCCGUACUCUCCCCUGCCGGCCGAGCUGGCUCCCCGAGACGAUGCCGACGACGAGUACAGACCCUCGGCACCUACUGUUGUAGCCGUCGAGGUCACUGACACCAAGAAUGGCGCCACUCAUUAUUGGACACUUGAAAAGCUACGCCAUCGGCUGGAGCUCAUGCGACAGAUAUACAACAUGAACGAGAGCGCUUGUGCCGAGGACGAGGCGCCCCCGCUAGUGCUGGCGCCGCCGCCUCACGUCGCGGCCGGGGGCGCGGCCGGGGGCGUGGCCGGGGCGCCGCCCCCCGACAUACUGCACUGUAUCUCUGCGUGCGCGCAACAGACGCGCCUGUCGCUAGCCAACCUGCUGCCCUCCAGGCAACGUCUGGAGCUGAUGCGUGAGAUGUACCACAAUGAAGCCGAGCUGUCUCCGACCUCACCUGACCAUAACAUUGAGUCCGUUACUGGUGGAGACCCCUUCUACGACAGAUUCCCGUGGUUCCGUCUAGUGGGACGGAGCUUCGUAUACCUAUCGAACCUGCUGUACCCGGUUCCUCUCAUUCACAAAGUGGCCAUCGUGAAUGAGAAAGGAGACGUCAAGGGCUACCUUCGAGUUGCCGUGCAAGCUGUUAUCGACGCCGAAAAGAACAAUGCAGAAUUCGCAGCCGGCGUGAAGCAGUCUGCGAAGAUAUCGUUCGACGACGACGUGGCCCCGGCCCGUCGCACCAAGCUCUCUGCUGUCGACAAGAACAACGCGAUUAACCUCGACGAGCGCAUUAACGAUGUGCCCGAUUCCAAUAUUAAAAUUGAAGAACUGGCAAUGGGUGAGUGUGACGCGGACAGUGGUCGCGGAGACAGCUCCCUGGCCUCGGAGCUGAAGGAGGAGGACCUGCCGGAGCACCUGACGCUGGGCAAAGAGUUCACCUUCCGAGUCACCGUGCUGCAGGCACACAGUGUGUCCACUGACUACGCUGACGUGUUCUGCCAGUUCAACUUCCUGCACCGGAAUGAAGACGCAUUCUCGACAGAGCCCGUCAAAAAUGCGGGCAAGAACACACCGCUGGGAUUCUACCAUGUGCAAAAUAUCACAGUGCCAGUGACGAAGUCGUUCGUGGAGUACAUAAAGACGCAGCCGAUCGUGUUCGAAGUAUUCGGGCACUACCAACAACACCCGCUGCACAAGGACGCGAAGCAAGACGGCGGCGUGGGCGGAGUGGGAGGGCGCACGCCCCCGCGGCGCAUGCUGCCGCCGUCGAUCCCGAUCUCCGCGCCGGUGCGGAGCCCCAAGUGGGGCGCGGCCGCCGUGGCGGCGCCCUGCUGCAGCUCGCACCUGCACUCCAAGCACGACCUGCUCGUCUGGUUCGAGAUCUGCGAGCUCGCGCCCAACGGGGAGUACGUGCCCGCUGUGGUGGAGCACUCAGACGAGCUCCCAUGUCGCGGCCUGUUCCUGCUGCACCAGGGCAUCCAGCGCCGCAUCCGUAUCACUAUUCUACACGAACCCUCGCAGGACCUGCAGUGGACUGAUGUCAGGGAACUUGUCGUUGGUCGUAUCCGCAACUCCCCCGAGGCGAAUGAAGACACGACAGAUGGCGACGAGGACGGUGCUCUGUCUCUCGGACUAUUCCCUGGAGAGAGGCCUACGCUUGAUGACAGGGCUGUAUUCAGGUUCGAAGCAGCCUGGGACAGUAGCUUGCACGGAUCUCCCCUGUUGAACAGGGUCAGCGCUAACGGAGAGGUCGUCUACAUCACGCUCAGCGCUUACUUGGAGGUGGAUAACUGCAGCAGGCCAGCAAUAAUCACGAAGGACCUGUCCCUGGUGGUAGUGGGGCGCGAGGCUCGCACGGGCAGGUCACUGCGACGUGCUCUGUUCGGUUCCCGGGCCGCACGAGCUGACCACAUCACUGGAGUUUAUGAACUUAGUCUACACAGAGCUCUUGAACCAGGCGUCCAACGCCGCCAGCGCCGAGUGUUGGACACGAGCGGAACGUAUGUACGGGGAGAAGAAAAUCUGCACGGCUGGAGGCCGCGCGGGGACUCACUCAUAUUCGACCAUCAGUGGGAGUUGGAGAAGAUGACCCGCCUGGAGCAAGUAGGCCGCACGCGCCACCUGCUGGCGCUGCGGGAGAGACUGCGCCACGGACACGAGAACACGGUCGCACCCAACGACUUCACUAAGACGGAGAAGGAGGUAAACAAUAUGGCGGCUAAGGCGGCGGCAGAAUGCGCCCGCGACGAGUCCGUGUACGAGCCGUGGGACAUGUCGCCGCGGGAGAAGGAACUCGCCACUAAAUACAUUAAACUUAUACAAGGCCGGAUAGGGUCUCCCGCCAAGGAGGUGGAGGCGGCGGCGUCCCCCGCGACGCCGGUGGACGAGGGCGUGUCGGCCGACAUCUCCACGCCCAGUCUGCUCUCCUCCAUACACAGCGCCAGCAGCUUCGAACUAUGCUCACCUGAGCGUGGUUUACUGGAGAAGUCAAUGUCCGGGUGGGCGGGGGCCGGUGGACCCGGGGGUCAAUUGGGAGCCCUGGGCGCUCUCGGAGCCCUGCCGGCGCCCGGAGCCCUGUACGUGCCGGACUGCGAGGAGGUGAGGGUGUCGGCCGCCGUGGCCCGGCGCGGACAUCUCAACGUACUGCAACAUGGCACGCAUGGGUGGAAGAAGCGCUGGCUGGUGGUGAGACGACCAUACGUGUUUAUAUACCGCGACGAGCGCGACCCCAUCGAGCGCGCGGUCAUUAACCUCGCCAACGCACACGUCGAGUACUCGGAGGACCAGGAACAGAUGGUGCGCAUGCCCAACACGUUCAGCGUGGUCAGCAAGGAGCGCGGCUACUUGCUCCAGACCCUGGGCGACAAGGAAGUCCACGACUGGCUGUACGCCAUCAAUCCCCUGCUAGCUGGCCAGAUCAGGUCCCGGUCGGCGCGGCGCGGGGACCGGGCGCCGGCGGGGGCCGCGCCCUGA